CAUGGUCCUGGUGGGCACUUGCUCUGUCCGUGUCCCCAACCCCUCGCAGGCAGCGCCGAGUCCCGCGACGACCGCGGGCGCCCUCUUGCAGAGCCCGAUGGCCCGGCUGGACUUCCUCAAGGCCUCGCACUUCGCGCUGGGGCCUGACCCGCGGCUGAACGUGGGCGCCACGGACUCCACGAUGCACCGAGACUUCCAGGCCUACCCUGGCGUCCCUCGCACUCCGAGGUACCCGCCGCCGCCCCACGCGUCCCCUUUCCAGCUGGACGCGCGCUGGGCCAGCAAGGAACGCGAGUCAGAGACGCACUGCGCUUUCGCGCCACCGCCCACGCCAUCGAUCGAGCAGGAGAUGGAGCGGGCGCGGGCGCGCACGCUCGCCAUGCGGGCCAGCCACCUGCACGUGCACGCGGACGCACGCGGACGCGCCCUCCUCCCUACCACGCGCGCCCACUUUGAUUGGCCUGAAUCGCCGGCGCGCGCUUGCGAGCAGAUCCGAGGCCCGCACCUCGUCUUUGACCGCGACUCGGUGCCGCCCGGGGACCCAGCCAAGCUGCGCAUCCCGCCCACCACGCACCAGGCACUCUUCCCGCCCCACCGCGCGUGCCCGCAGCCCCGCGCGCCCUGCAGCCACCUCGGGGGCCCCAACCCCCUCAAGUGGGACCACAGGAGACCAGGUGAUGGGACCUCCUACCAGAGACAGUUCCAGGCACUGUUGGGCCCACCUGCCAUGAUGUGUAAGAGGGACUCCUCCAGCGUGGCACUGGGAGACUUCAAGAUUGGCUAUGGGCCCAUGUGUUCAGAGCAGAAACAAGGUUACAGUCUUCAGGGUUUGCCUCCAGACAGGUAUGACAAGGCGCAGGCCUCCACUUACAUCCACUAUGUGAAUAUUCGUCCUGGAGACGGCCUCUUCCAUGACAGGACUACCAAGGCUGAGCACUUCUGUGCCCAGGAGCCAGAGCCUUUUUGCCUUCACCGUGACCAGACUCCGGAGUCACACAUCUUGGAAGGAAAUUGGUGCCCUGGCCCAGGCAGCCUCACCACCUCCAUGAACGUCUUCUAUGGCCAGCAACCACCCCCGACCAAGCCAAGCAGCCGCCACGUGCCUCAUGAGAAAUUGCAGGGUCACGUGACCCUAGGGGAAUCAAAGCUACUGGGACAGUUCUUCCAGACUUCCAUGGGCACGGCCUAUUGCCCCCCUGAUGUGCAACAGUUCCAUAAAGCCCCCAACCUUCAUUUGCUGCCUAGCAACCUGUCGGAGGGCACAGGUGAACCAGAUUUUCUAACCAUGAACCAGAAGAUGCUGAAACCACACAGAACAGCUCCAGCCUCCACGACUGAGGAGAUGCUACAGCGGUGCAAGUAUAGCCACAUGGAGCCCCCGCUGGGGAGACAGCACUUCUCAACCCAACACAAGGACGAGUUUGCUUUCAAGUACCAGGGCCCAGCAGUGCUGAGAUUGGGCAACUUCCAGGAGAGCCAUGUGCCACUGGGCUCCCCUUACCAGUGGAGCUGCAGGGAUGGGAAGGCAGAACCUCAGGCCUUCCAGACCCCUACUUACCUGUGACCUAAUAAGCAAUAAACACCACCUUGGCAACAUCCCACCCCUCUCCAUCAGUCAGCCAUGAAAGAGUAUGCUUGGAGGAAUGAGGGCUGUAAAGGAGGUAAUGACUCCAUCAAGAAGACUCUGAACAGACACUUCUGUGGACCCUGGCAAUUGCCCUACUCUGAGCAGGGAGGCCAUGCCAGCUUGUGUAAAGUCUCGGUGGUCAGACUCAAUACAAGGUGUUCAGGUGCUGUGACAAGUUCUGAAUGACGUGGAAAGGAUGGAGUGUUGAACAGAGGCAGUGUGGUGAUGGGUUGAGAAUGCAGGCUCCUGGGGCUAAAUGGAGAGU